CGGCCCCAUCCCACCGCCCGCUGCACGGCCGCCACCAUGACGCCCCGGCGCGGCCCACAAUGCACCGCGCCGCCGUGAGUCCUCCUCGCUCCCGUCGUGCAUUGCGGCAGCCGCCAUGAGCGCGGUCGCCUGGCAACGGCUCGGAGCGGCCUGGGGGGCCCGAAUCGCCGGCCUGUGCCGGGGCCUCCGCACCAGCCCCCGGAGCCUGCAGGACGCGGCGGGGGCGGCCAAGGAGGCGGAGAAUCGGAGCGCGACCGACCUGAGCCCUUUAGUCCUGCAGAGGAACUCCAUGAGAUGGGAUGGAAAGGUCUAUGAAGAGAUCCCAAUAGCUCACAUCAAAGCUACGUACAACAACACCCACAUCCAAGUGGUCAGCUUUGACAACCGGCCCUUAGCCCGUACGUCCUGUGGCACAGAAGGCUUCCAGAAUGCCAAGAAGGGAACUGCCAUUGCGGCACAGACCGCAGCCAUGGCGGCAGCAGCGAAAGCACGUGGGAAGGGUGUAUUACAUGUACGAGUCAUGGUGAAAGGACUGGGCCCAGGACGCAGAGCUGCCAUCAAGGGUUUGACUAUGGGAGGUCUAGAGGUCAUCUCCAUCACUGACAACACCCCGGUUCCACACAACGGCUGCCGCCCACGGAAAGCCAGGCGAAUGUGAGAGGAGAGUGAAAGACACGCUGCAUUCAACAGCAGUUCAUGCAACCAGGACUGGGUUGAAUGUUGCUCCUGUGACAGGUUCUGGAAUCCAUCUUCCCUGGAAAUGCUUCCUGAGGGAAGAUUGAAGAGGAAACACCAUCCUGGGCCUUAGAAGCCCAGGGGGAUAGAAGUAGGAAUACAUCUGCUCCCUUAGUGGGAUGCCUCUUGUGUACAAUAUCUGUUGAUUAAAAUGUUGGUCUUUUGACAGCCA